AUGGACCAGAUGGCAGAUGAAAUGACUCUGAGAGCCGACGUGAAAGACAAAGGGAGAGUAAACACUGCCGAGGAGAGCUCCGUGUGGGUGAGAGGAGAAAGGAUACAAAGCGAGGCUCCAGUCAGCGACUGGAGGCUCGGUGCCUCUGCAGACACUGAGCCUGGGGAGACUGGUAGAGACACAGACACUCAGCAGCCAAGAGAGUGUGGCAGCUCUUCCUCCCCUCUGUUCUCUUUGAAAACGUACCUGAGGAGGUCUUCCUCCUCAGCCUCCUCCACCGCAGACUCUCUGUCUUCUUCUCAGCAGAGCAACAUGGGAGUUGACUGUGCAGGAAUUGUCCUGAACUGUCUCUUCUGCCGGUUCUAUGACGUGAUCGUCAUGCUACGUGGCUCCUGCGAGAGAGUCGCCAAUCACUGCUUUCCCAACUACAAACAAGUCGUCAGCGCAAUGGAGUCUACGCCCGGCAGCAACGAUGACUCCUGGGACUGCGGCCUGUUCAGUUCCUGUCACGACGCAGGUGACUGCCUGGAGUUGGCUAUGGAGAUGUCUGAAUUAUGCUAUCACUAG